GCGGGCGGCCGGCCGGGAAUCUUCCUCCCGCGGCCGGGCAGGCGUCGCUGUCGCGGCCGGCGGCGCCGCUCAGGCACGGGCUGGCCGGGGACGGCCUCGGGGCUGCCCAUGGGGCGCGGGGGGCCGGGUCGGUGACGCCGGACGCCCAUGGACGCCCCUGAGGAGCCGCUGCCGCCCGUGAUCUACACCAUGGAGAACAAGCCCAUCGUCACCUGUGCUGGAGAUCAGAAUUUAUUUACCUCUAUUUACCCAACACUUUCACAGCAGCUGCCGAGAGAACCGAUGGAAUGGAGAAGAUCCUAUGGCCGGGCUCCCAAGAUGAUUCACCUAGAGUCCAACUUUGUGCAGUUCAAAGAGGAGUUGCUGCCCAAAGAAGGAAACAAAGCUCUGCUUACGUUCCCCUUCCUUCACAUUUAUUGGACAGAAUGCUGUGAUACUGAAGUGUAUAAAGCAACAGUAAAAGAUGACCUUACGAAGUGGCAGAAUGUUCUGAAAGCUCAUAGCUCUGUGGACUGGUUAAUAGUGGUAGUUGAAAAUGAUGCCAAGAAAAAAAACAAAACCAACAUCCUUCCUCGAACUUCUAUUGUGGACAAAAUAAGAAAUGAUUUUUGUAAUAAACAGAGUGACAGGUGUGUUGUGCUCAAUGACCCCUUGAAGGACUCUUCUCGAACUCAGGAAUCCUGGAAUGCCUUCCUGACCAAACUCAGGACAUUGCUUCUUAUGUCUUUUACCAAAAACCUAGGCAAGUUUGAGGAUGACAUGAGAACCUUGAGGGAGAAGAGGACUGAGCCAGGCUGGAGCUUUUGUGAAUAUUUCAUGGUUCAGGAGGAACUUGCCUUUGUGUUUGAGAUGCUGCAGCAGUUUGAAGACGCCCUGGUGCAGUACGACGAGCUGGACGCCCUGUUCUCUCAGUAUGUGGUCAACUUCGGUGCCGGCGAUGGUGCCAACUGGCUGACUUUUUUCUGCCAGCCGGUGAAGAGCUGGAAUGGAUUGACCCUUCGAAAGCCCAUAGAUAUGGAGAAGCGUGAAUUGAUACAGAGGCAAGAAGCCACCCUAUUAGAUCUGCGCAGUUACCUGUUUGCUCGCCAGUGCACCCUGCUCCUCUUCCUGCAGAGGCCGUGGGAGGUGGCUCAGCGCGCCCUAGAGCUGCUGCACAGCUGUGUGCAGGAGCUGAAGCUCUUGGAAGUCUCCGUCCCGCCUGGCGCACUGGACUGCUGGGUGUUUCUGAGCUGUCUGGAGGUGCUGCAGAGGAUAGAAGGCUGCUGUGAUCGGGCGCAGAUAGACUCGAACAUUGCCCACACUGUGGGUUUAUGGAGCUAUGCCACAGAAAAGCUAAAAUCCUUGGGCUACCUGUGUGGACUUGUGUCAGAAAAAGGACCUAACUCAGAAGACCUCAAUAGGACAGUUGAUCUUUUGGCAGGUUUGGGAGCUGAGCGACCUGAAACAGCCAACACAGCUCAGAGUCCUUAUAAGAAACUCAAAGAAGCAUUGUCAUCAGUAGAAGCUUUUGAAAAACACUACUUAGAUCUGUCCCACGCUACCAUUGAAAUGUAUACAAGUAUUGGGAGGAUUCGAUCUGCUAAGUUUGUUGGAAAGGAUCUGGCAGAAUUUUACAUGAAGAAAAAGUCUCCACAGAAGGCAGAAGCCUAUCUUCAAGGAGCACUGAAGAAUUACCUGGCUGAGGGCUGGGCACUGCCUAUCACACACACAAGGAAGCAGCUGGCUGAAUGUCAAAAACACCUUGGACAGGUUGAGAACUACCUUCAGACCAGCAGCCUUUUAGCCAGCGAUCAUCACUUAACUGAAGAGGAACGAAAAUACUUCUGCCAAGAGAUACUCAACUUUGCCAGUGAACAGACAGACAGCCCAGGUCACAAAGUCGUACUCCCUAUGCAUUCCUUUGCACAUCUGAGAGAUCUCCGUUUUACUCCCUCCAAUGCCGUGGUACACGUGGGUGGUGUUUUAUCCGUGGAGAUAACUGUAUGCAGUCAGAUGCCCGUCCCUGUCCACAUGGACCAGAUUGCCAUCAGCGUCCACUUCAGCAUCGAGAAAAACAGUUACCGGAAGACUGCUGAGUGGCUUACCAAGCACAAGACGUCCAAUGGGAUUAUUAACUUUCCAAUGGAGACCUCGCCUUUCCCCGCGUCCCAGAACAGUUUACCGGCUCUGGAGUUGUAUGAGAUGUUUGAGAGGAGCCCUUCCGAUAACUCCUUGAACACCACGGGGAUUAUAUGCAAAAACGUUCACAUGCUCCUGAGACGGCAGGAAAGCAGCACUGCUCUGGACACGCCCUCAGGGGUGGCUCUGGAUGACGGGGCCCCUGUGCUGAAGUGCUGCGGUGUGACUCUGGAACCAGGGGCCAAUACCAUAACCUUCAGGACACAGGCCAAGGAGCCUGGAACGUACACGCUGCGGCAGCUGUGCGCCUCGGCGGGCCCAGUGUGCUUCGUACUUCCGCACCUCUACCCGCUGGCGCAGUACGAUGUGUACUCCCAGGAGCCGCAGCUGCACGUGGAGCCACUGGCCGAUAGCCUUUUAGCUGGUAUUCCUCAGAAGGUCAAGUUCACUGUCACUACUGGCCAUUAUACAGUGAAAAACGGGGACAGCCUCCAACUCAGCAAUGUGGAAGCCAUGCUCAUCCUGUGUCACGCAGAGAACAAAGCCGUGAUCUAUUCUAACACGAGAGAAAAGGCUUCGGACGCAUCACUCCGAGUUCAGUCGUCUGACAAGGUCACAAGCAUCAGUCUGCCUGCAGCACCUGCAUACCACAUGAUCGAAUUUGAACUGGAAGUUCUGUCUUUACCUUCAGCUCCAGCAGCUGGAGGGGAGGGGGGGAGCACCAUGCUGGGGAUGACAGAGGCCCAGAGGAAGCCUAAGGACACACAGAAAGCCGACCACUGCAUGGCUACCACAGACCACAAAGUGUCCAUCGAGUGCCCGUGGUCCAUCUACUCCACUGUCAUCGCACUGACGUUCAGCGUGCCCUUCAGGACCACACAUGCUGUGCUGUCAGCCGGGACACGGAAAUAUAUUCAAGUUUGUGUCCAGAAUCUGUCGGAACUUGACUUUCGCCUGUCAGAUAGUGAUCUUGUAGACACUGGGGAUAGUACUGACCUGCAGCUACUGCCGUUGAACACAAAAUCCCAGCAGCACAUCUGCAGCCGGCAGUCGGUGUUCUUUGUCUGGGAACUGACGUGGACAAGAGAGCCUCCCCCUUUGCUGCGUGGCCGGUUCUCCAUGGAAUUCCGCCCGGCUUCUGAAGAACGGCUGUCUAUCUCCUUAAAGCCCUAUACUUAUGAAUUUCAAGUGGAAAACUUUUUUACCUUAUAUACCGUGAAAGCUGAGAUCCUGCCCCCCGCGGGGACGGAGCUCUGUAGGACAGGCUCGCUCUGCGCCCUGGAGGUGUCCAUCACGCGCCUGUCGGACCUCCUGGAAGUGGACAGGGAUGAAGCACUGACGGAAUCCGACGAGUACUUUUCGACCAAGCUGAUGUAUGAAGUGGUCGACAACAGUAGCAACUGGGCAGUGUGUGGGAAAAGUUCUGGAGUCAUCUCCAUGCCUGUGGUCGCUCAGGCGACGCACAGAGUCCACAUGGAGGUGAUGCCCCUGUUCGCGGGUUACCUGCCCCUUCCCGACGUCAGGCUCUUUAAGUACCUCCCACAUCACUCUGCGCACUCCUCACACCUGGACGCCGACAGCUGGAUAGAAAACGACAGCCUGUCGGUGGACAAGCACGUGGAUGACCAGCUGGACAGCAGCAGCAUCAAGAGCAGGGGCAGCGUGCACUCGGCCGCCAGCAGUGAGCAUAAAGGCUUGCCUAUGCCCCGGCUGCAGGCGCUGCCGCCCGGCCAGGUCUUCAACUCCAGCACGGGCAUGCAGAUCCUGGUCAUCCCCAGCAAAGAUGACCAUGUUCUGGAAGUCAGUGUCACAUGACCACUCCUCCAGUUAACAGCCCAGACCCAGUGUGAAUGCACUCCAAGGGAUCCUACUCGAUUGUCCUCCAUUGUCAUUCUAGCUCUAACCAGAUCUGGGACUCUGCCUGGCCAUGGAAGCAUCAGAGCGUCUCAGUGUGCAGCCGGUCAGCUGAGUCCAGCGUUAGGUUUGUGUUGUCAGUGGUGUAAGGUUACUUGUUCCUUUCUCAUCUCCCCGUCCCUGUGCUGGUGUCCCCCAGUGCUGGCCCGAGCCCACUUCCUUACCCCUCACUCCCUGCUCACGAAAGCUCUGCAGAGGGGUCUUUCACCCAGACAACCUCUGGUUCUUCUUCUUCUUCUUCUUCUUCUUCUGGUUCUUUAGGGUGGUCUGUGUGUCUUCCAGAGAGGCACACGACAGGCCUUGCAGUCUUAUCAGUAACACGUGUGUGCCUUUCUGGUCACACGGCCGCCCAAUUUCUGGACCAGGUGGAUUUGUCAGUCUCCUAAGGAGUAACACAGUCCUUUACCUCAGCUCAUCUAGUUGUGCUUUUCUAGAAAAAUACCCUUUUGGGGCAGGGGGGUGGGCUAACGGGUGGGGUGGGGAGGGAACAACCCCUUCUGUGCCUUGGGAUGUCAAACUGGGCGGACCUGGAGCACCCAUUACUGGAGCCAUUUUAAAGGCACUUAAGAUAGAGCAGGGCCUAAGGAGCAGUUCCGUGCUGAAGCAGCUUAGGAAUAAACGUUUCUGGGACACUUUUUCCCUCAUAAUGUUGAUUGAAUAUUAUAUGCACUUGAAAUUAAAAAUAUAUUUAUUUUAAUUGUCAUAUAUGUGAGGGUUAAUAUGUUGUGUUUUCUCUCACCUUUACAUCUAAUUGUAACUGUAAAAUCAAUAUUUUUCUUUUGCACCUUAAAUCUUAGGAAUUUAGAGGUUCCAUUUAAGUGAAGAUUAGAGGGGUCCGCUCAGUGCAUUUCUAGUCUGGUUGUGGGAGGGACGGAAGUCUUGGCAUAUUCUCUGCUGGUCCACUAAAUUGCAGAUAUAUCAUACCAAUGGAUUAAUUUGCUUUCGGUUGUAAAUUUAAUUGUACAUAUGGUUGAUUUAUUAUUUUUAAAAGUACAAAUUAACUGAGGUAAUGUUUAUGUAUAAGUUGCACCAAAAAUCAAGGACAGAAUAAAUGCGUGUUUGUUUUUAUUGGUGUGAAAGUCACAGCUUGUAAAUAAGUGUUGUAUGUAUUAAACCUUUUCCACCUCUCCAAAGCAAUGUAUUUUUGUACAUAUGGAAUAGAGAACUCUUAAUUCACUAGGAAAGUGUGAUCGGAAUUGAACUUGAACAGAUUAAUGCAAGUGAGGGUGGGGCUUCAUGUGAAUAACCUCAAAUGUGUAAGCCUUACAGAAAUCGGAGCCUCCUGCAGCUGCUACUAGCCGGGGCUUGUCACCUGCUUGAGAGGCUGGUACUGGGGUAAAAGGUCAGAUCAGUACAUAUACAACACAGCAGUCUCAGUGUUCUGUAGGUUGUCUGUAUCAACUCAUUCAACAAAUACAGGUGGUGUCAUUUCUCCCCCAUGUCUUCUUCGUUUAUAGAAAUUGGAGAAGUGUGUGAAGAAGAUAAAUAUUUGUGUAUUUAAUUAAACUUUCCAGAAAUUUAUCUUCCUUAUGAGCCAUUUAAAACUAAUAAACUUGGUCAACUUUGUAGGCAAAUUAGAACUUCAGCAUCUAAUGAUGGGUUAGGGUUUCUAAAAUACAUUUGUUUUAUUGUAAAAAUUGAUGAUUGCCCUACAAAGAUCUACCAAGCCCUGCGAAUGAAGAGAUCUUUUGAGAUUUGAUUUGGCCAGAAAAGCUCUAAUCCUCGUGGUCAGCCUUGGGCCCAGGGGACAAAUCCAUGUGUAACUUUCCCCCUUCCUUCUGAAGGGGCAGUGUGAUUCAAUGGUGACCUUAUUUCUGUUUGUGCCUGGGCUCUAAUCCCAGGAUGACAUUCUCUAAUUAUAGAGAGGGGAAAAAUGGAGGGGAAAUCCAGAUGUUUAUGGCGGUUUCUUACUGUCUGAAAAUUUAAGGAAAUCAAAUUUAUCUCAGGUUUUGUUUUUUUACCCUAACCAAAAGAUCUUUUGCAAUAUAAAUUACCAUUUUAAAGGUACUUUAAGAUAGAGUACCUCUGUUUUUUACAUUUUAUUUUUGUUUUUUACACAAAGGAAGAAUGUCACCUAAAACUUUUUUUUUUUUUUUUUUAACUGAAAGGCUACACUUGGAUUUUUGUGGUGUUUAAAAUAAAAUAAGGCUUAUGGGUUUGAGACUAGCUGGUUUAGUUGAUAAAGAUGUAGCAGCUGUUAAAUAAUUAUGAAGCCAGGUUUAGAAUAUGCAUCUUAAAAAAAACAAUAUGCAGCUACUUUGCAAAUAUGUGUGGAAAUGUAAAUAUUAGCAAAAAGAACAGAAAGUAAGUUAUAAUUUUGGUGAAUUUCAUGGGGUCUCCUAUGAUUGGAAAAAUUAUAACUUCUGAUUCUAAUGUGAAAAUAGAUGUAUUUAAUCUGAAAAUGACUUCUACCUACAGUUCCAUUGUCAGCACAGGCUGUAGUGGGUUGGAUUUCUAAAUUAGUAAGUCUUAGUUGAUGAGGAUAGAUAUCCCAUAAAGAGUCAGUAGAGAAAAUACACACAGACUUAUAUUCAAAUUGUCUUUAGUGUUUAAAAUAAGAUUGUUAUAAAAUGAAUUUAAACACUCCAGGUGUGUAUAUAAAAUGAAACGUUAAAUAUUUUUUAUUAAAGAAUUAGGCUGACAUAAACAUUUCACUGUUAACUGUGAUCUUUAAAAUAAAUCCUACAUGAUUUUAAAAUUUGAUUUUUUUUCAUGAAAAUGUCCCUUCCUCUAAACUUACUCAUUUUAUACACCAAGCUAUAAAACUAGAAGGCAUUGUUAAUCAAAUUUGUUGGGAUUCUGUGACUGGAAAAGGUGACAAGUUGGUGACUUUGACACUGCAGGUAUUCCAUUUUCAAGGUUUACUAUGAAAGUCAUUUUUCACAUUAUUCUGUAAUAUAUUGUUAGACUAAAACCAUUGUAUUAAGACUGUUUAAAAUGUAAGCAUUUUAAAUUCUGAAAAUACACAUUUUAAAAAGAAA